AUGGUUCGUUUUGUACUGGCCGCUGUUUCCUUGCUCCUUGCGCUCGGCACGGGAGUUAGCGCAGAAUGCGAGGCCUGUCCUAAUUGCGAUUAUGAAAACAUCAGUAUUCAGCAAGGAGAUGCGUGUCUUAACUACUGGACGUGCUCAGGCGAUACUAUCACGUGCUAUUACCCUUCUGUUGCAAAUCCGGGAACGUUCAAUGGCUGCUCAUAUAGUGCAUCGGCCAGUUGGACACUUACAGCUGGUCCCAGUGAUAUCUGUUUCGCGGAAGCGGGACUCAACUCGAAAUCCUGCACCGCUUCAUAUGGGCUUGUCGAUGAAUACAACAUCAUGCAAGAUGUUGCUCUCUCGCACAACCCGGGUAUGGGUUAUAACGGUUAUGCAGUCUGA